UGGCCUAAAGCUCGUCCCCCUGAAGAAGAAGGCCGCCGACAGAGUGCACGAGCAACAGGUUUGGAACCGUAGCGCGCGCACUGAAUCAGGGGAUUAACGUCACAAAAGCGAUGGAAGAAACGCCGUUCACUCAUUAUGCACAUUUGUAUAGUUCCAAUUCACGAUAAAAUAGCAUUAAACUACAGUUAUAAUCUGCAGUUUUCUUGCAUACUGUAUUUCCUGUCGGUCACGCGUGUCUCAUGCCUGCGGUGUUUACGUCCUGGCUUCGCUCCAGCGACGACUGCGACCACGUGACCGUCUCCUCUAAGUAGGACGUCCCCCGCUGUCUUCUCAGUCCACUGCAAACAAGUCGCAGAUAAGGGGGCGAAAAGGACCCUCACGCGGGUACUGCCUCCAAGAACCCUUUCAACGUGACACGUUCGGGAACACUUUCCAUUCCUCUCGGACCGGAUGAGUUGAAACUCAACUUUUGAACAACGGUUGACAUAUCGACGCUUAUGGGACAUGGCGAUGGCCUCUCUUUCAACACCGACAGCAGGCCCGGCCACGCCACCUCAGCCAGAGCUCUCACGCCUGAGGGGCGCCGAGGUCCAGAAGCUGAAGCCGGUGCGAAGGAGUCUCUUCGGCCCCGUGGACCACCAGCAGCUGAAGCGCGACUUCCAACGGCUGCUCUGCAGGAACUUGGACGUGGCCAAAAAGCGCUGGAACUUUGAUUUCCAGCAUGAAAAGCCAGGAGAGGGCUCCGACAUCAAGUGGGAGGAGCUCGGGGACCAAGAGGUGCCGGCGUUUUAUCGCAGCUGCACGGUUGGACCGUCACGUCCGGUGUCCAAAAUUCGGUCGUCGUCAGCAGGCGAGGGAUCCCCAGGUGAUGGUUCCCCAGGCGAUGGUUCCCCAGGCGAUGGUUCCCCAGGCGACGGUUCCCCAGGCUACAGCAGCUCGUUCGGAUCUGGAGAUGAGUACCUGGAGGUGACCACAAGGGGGUGCUACCGGGUGCAACGACACGGAAAACACAAACAGUCUGCCAUCACAGAUUUCUUCAAGGUGAAGAAGAGGAAGCUUCUGCAUGACAAAGCGUCUUCUUGGCAGUAGAGAAGCACAACUCGACCCAGCGGAGGAUCACACCAGUGGUCGACAUCGCUCUACACGCCACCGUAUAUGUAUAUAUUUAUAUAUAUAUAUACAUCAAAUUUGCAAGUGACCACGAGCUCAUUCAGCGCAAGCUUAAACCUCCUCACCAUAUACCUUUACGUUUUCAGCACAAGGAAGCUAACAUUUACCUAGUUAAUCUAGCUCAGUCUUUAGGAAAGUUUUUUUUGUCGAGAAUUAUAAAUAUUGUAUAUAUUCUAUAUAUUGUUUUCCUCAGCUGUUGAGUAUACUGUGAAAUCAUUUUGAAUGCACUCUUAAUAACAGAAAACAGGUUAAUUGUCUUCUAUACAGGCCUUGGAUAGUAUUUGACCUCCGUCCUCAACCUUUUCUCUUUUUUUUCUUUUCUCCCUCUGGCGAAAAGUCAUCAGAGGUUUUGAUCAGAUGAGUUACUAUUCCUGGCCUCGCGCCACACUUACCCUUUAGUCUCCCCGCAGGGCUCGGAUAGCACGAGUCAAGCCAGGGGUCAAGGUCUCACCCAGGGCUCAAAAUGUGGCAGCGCGCCUGUGAUUAGCUCCAGGGCAAAGGUCAACGGUGGGGUAACGCGGUGUAUCUGUCUAACAGUGACUUAAUCUCCCCCGAGAGUAAUUAUUUGCUACUCACAAAUCGUCCCAAAUUCUGCCUCCGACUAGAAGUCACAGCAGGACAUUUACGCUCCACCGUUGCCACUUAAAGAUAUUGGCCAUAUAUAAUCAAAAUAUUGACCAAAAAAAAUUAUGUCCAAACUGCAAAUCCUCUUCCCUUAGUGCAUUGCAAUAUUUGCAUCACUGGGCUGUAAACAUGUAAAUAUAUUGAGGCAACAGACCAGAACAUACCUUAUUUAGUUGUGUGUUUUGUUGGCUUUACGCUUGUAACAAUGUAGUUUCUCACUCUGUGUGACGUCCAGCUCGUCGGUGAUAAAUGCCCUUUUUCUCCAUGAAGGGACUGAAGUGUUUUAUCAUUAUUGCAACUCAAAGGAAUCCAAACCUCUUGGUUCCACUUUAAUCUUAUUUUUUUAUACACGGGUUGCAACAGUUGUGGCGCAAAACUCCGUUGAACCAAAGAGAAAUUGCUGUGCCACUAAAUUCGACACGCGUGGAGUCGCCCUCUGUUUGGGUGAUCAGAGACGGGUCCCAGAAGACCUCAAACAAGUCUGGACAUUCAGACAUAUCGUGUCAAACAGGACGCAACAACUUAUUUUCCCGACCUACAGUCAUUCUAAUGUGUACAUGGAUAAAAAGCCAUAACUGGAUUAAUCCACUCUUACUACCUCAUCAAGUGAUUCAAGUUGCGCACAAGUUACAUGCAAAAUAACAAAAACAGCGGAGAUCGAGGUGUUUGUGUUUACAGGAACAAGGAGGGGGUUGGUUGUAUAGUUCUGUCAAAGUUCAGCGGUAGGUGUUGAGUUUUUUUUAGGUAAAAGAGCCAGUGUGUCAGAGCAGGUCAGCUUGGAGCUCUGCUCCACUUAGCUCCCCCCAAAAUAGAGCGGGCGGAGGGACAGCGGCGGGAGGAAGAGGGACAAACAAACAAACAAGGGAUCAUUCGUCACAUUUAGCUGACGCUUUAUCCAAAGAUAUGAUACACCGCUACAGGGAGCAAUUCAGGGUUAAGUGUCUUGCUCAAGGACACAUGACACGUCAAUUAGGGCGGGGAUUGAACCGCCAACCCCCUGAUUGAAUGACAGAUCUGCUAACCACUGACCCACAGUCGUCAGAGAAUGUCUCCGAUCAAAGUUUUUCUCUGCUCGUC